AUGGAAGAAGAGAAAAAGCAGCACCACGGGCUCUUUUCUCACCACAAGGAUGAGUCGGGAGAGAAGGAAGAGAAGCAUCAUAAGCAUAUGGAACACCUCGGAGAAUUUGGGGCUGCCACCGCCGGAGCAAUUGCAUUGCAUGAGAAGCACGAGGCUAAGAAGGAUCCGGAGCACAGUCACAGGCACAAGAUAGAGGAAGAGAUUGCAGCGGCGGCGGCGGUUGGAUCGGCCGGAUACAGCAGACACGAGCACCACGACAUCAAGGAGGCAGAGAAACAUCAAGAUCAUGACAAGAAGAAUCACCACCACUUCUGAUCACAAUCAUCAUCACUUUACUUCUUCUUCUUCUUCUAUAAAUCAUAUAUUAAUCUCCCUCACCCUCCUUCCCUC